UGGAGCUGCGGGGGCCGCAGCUGUGGGCUCGGCGCAUGGGCAAGUGCAAGGUGUACUGGGAGGUGGGCGGCCCUCUGGGGUCCGCCAGCCCCGCGGGCCCCGCCUGCCUGCUGCCGCGGAACUGUGACACACCCAUCUUUGACUUCAGCGCCUUUUUCCGAGAGCUGGUGGAAUUCCGGGAGCGGCGCCGCCGGGGCUCCCCGCAUUACACCAUCUACCUGGGCUUCGGGCAGGACCUGUCGGCCGGGAGGCCCAAGGAAAAGAGCCUGAUCCUGGUGAAGUUGGAGCCCUGGCUGUGCCGGGCAUACCUAGAGGACGUCCAGCGCGAAGGUGUGUCCUCCCUCGACAGCGGCAGCCUCAGCCUCUGCCUGUCCAGUGCCAACAGCCUCUACGAUGAUAUCGAGCACUUUCUCAUGGAGCUGCAACAGCCCGCCUAGGGACCCAGCCCUUCUCGUCCAAUAAAAAGCAGUGCCUGACCA